AUGCAACCCUGGAUUGUAGCCAAGGGACGCGAACUCGGCGUGCCUUCUGCGUCUGCCUUCUCCCUUGAAGUAGAGGUCAUGCGCCUUUCUGUGGCUCAGGCAAAGGCCGUCGUCGGGGGGCGACGACAACGCCGGCACACCAGGAGGCUUGCGACCGAAAACGGGGCCUACCGGUGCGACGGCAGCAAGCAGCUUCAGCGACCGUGGCAGCACGAGCGUUUCAGGACCUGGGGCGGUGGCAAGGCAUUGGCUGCGGAGAUUGAAAACGAAAAUCUUCAUAUUUUGAGCCGCAUGCAGCCCCACGAGAUUCGGGAGGCUCGGGAGGAGAUCCUCCAGCGCUUUGGGGCAGAACGAUUUGCGGCCCUGCAGAGACGAGCGCUCCGGCGGGCUCGUGCGAAAUGCAGCGGCGAACAUCAAGAACAGAAUGGAAAUGCUGAGGCGACGAGGGCGCAGCAGCUGGACGGGCCGCACGGGGCGAAAGGCAGCAGCUCCAGAAUGAGGACGCUGCGCGCCUGUCCGCGUUCCCGCGCGAGAACAGAACUGAGGAAAGUCAGACGCGCCUUCAAGCGGGCGGCUCAGCUCCCGCCGCUUCUCCGGUGCCGCCCUCGUCCUCGUGUGCAUCGUCUACACAGUCAUCUGUUUUUGCUCUGCCGGGAGGCAGGCAGUGCGUUCUCGAGUGGAGCCUCGAGCCGCGUCGGGCGCUGGCAGCUGCGGCGGCCCGGACGCCGGCUUAGGAAGAGAAACGACCUUGGGCCCGCUUUCCAAGGAAGCUGCGAAACUGCAGUGGGCAAAUCCGCUUGGCCUGGAAGAUGCGAGGGGUGGACCUCUUGA